AUGUCCUUCAAUGAUCUAGAAUCAGGCAGAGGCGGCAGCAACAGUCGCACAGGCAGCGGCAACACAGGCACACCCAGCGCUUUUGCGAAACAGACCAAUGCGCUCUCUCGGCGCAUCUUUCAAAUCACCAGCAAUGUGACGCAAAUCAAUCGGCAGCUACAGACAGGGAAGCGCGAUACGGCACAGUCUCGAACGACACUUCAUACGCUCCUUGAAACAACGCGUGAGCAAGUCAAGCAAGCGAGCGAUGCGUAUAAGGAACUAGAAGCGAUGGAGGAGGCGGACGUUGGUGGGAGUGCGGCGCGCUUUGCAAAGAGUAAGAUGCGCAAGGACUUUGCGAUUGCUAUUGCGAGUUUCCAGGAGGUACAGCGGAAGGCGCAGGAGUACCAGCAGACGUAUGUCAACACGGCAAAGCAGGCAAUAGAGGACUCUGAAGCGCUACAGGAAGAUGGUGUGACGCAGCAGCAGCUACAACAACAAGUUCAAGCGGCGCCAAGACUGCUAGACAAUAAUGAGAUUCAGUUCAACGAGUCUCUCAUUGAGGAACGAGAGAGUGAAAUCCAGAAUAUCGAGCAGGGCAUCACGGAACUGAAUGAGAUUUUCCGCGAUUUGGGGACAAUGGUGCAUCAACAGGGUGAUCUGGUGGAUUCGAUAGAGGCGAACGUGGACAACACGGCGGUGCAGACACAGAUGGCUUCUACGGAGCUGGCCAAGGCGCAGCGAUACCAGCGCAAGUCUCGGAACCGGAUGCUAUGCCUGUUGAUGAUCCUGGGGGUUAUUCUGACCAUUGUGAUCUUGUCUGUGGUG